AAUAUUGUUCUUGGAUCUUAACCUCUUGAAAUCAUAACUAAUUCACGAUUUAUCGUUUCGGGGACGAUGGUGGCCAACGGUGAACCGGGUGUUAUAUACAUAGGUCAUUUGCCACAUGGUUUCUACGAAAACGAACUGAAGGGCUUCUUCUCACAGUUUGGGGAGGUGUUGAAAGUACGAGUUGCAAGGAGCGUUAAAACGUUUCGACCAAAGGGCUACGCUUUUGUAAUGUUUGCAAACCGUGAAGUUGCAGAAAUUGCUUGUAGUGCAAUGGAUGGUUAUUUCAUGUAUAAUAAGAUUCUAGUGUGUAAAGUGGUGCCACCUGAGAAGGUUCACCGGAAGAUGUUCAAAAGAUUCGUUAAAAUCCCUUGGAAGAAAUUGGAAAAGACUCAUCGUGCUUUGCCCUUAACUGAAGCCCGCAGAAAGAAACUCUGGAGCAAGCAAGAAAGAAGAAAUAAGGAGCUAGAAGUAAAACUGAAGAAAUUGGGUGUUUCAUUUUCUUUGUCAUAAAUUGCCCAGUUUUUAAGCUGACACCUUUGAUCCACCCUUUAAUUGCUACUCGGCCCUUUGUAACUGCUACUUGUAGUUGAAGAGAGUCAUUCCGAAGAGAGACUAGUCAGUUGAUUCUGGCAAAAAUACAAAUUGUUCGAACAACUUGAAACCAUUUUUUUAACUCACAGACGCCUUUGCCUUUCAAAACUGGAGUGUCUGAAUGCAAGAGUCACCUUUUCAAAGAAUGAAACCUUUCAUCCAUGUCCUAUUCCUUUUGGGCGCCAUCCUUUUUGAAGCGUUUAGACUGUAGACAUAUUGAAUUGAUUGAAAACACUUAUUGCAAAUUUCUGUGAUAACUUGAUUGAAUGCUCUAUCGUGCAUCUACUUUGGUCUAUCUUCAUCAUAGCUGAAGUUGGCUCACGAAAUUCUUCUGAUAAGUUGAAAGUACUUAUCGUACUGCGUGAUUGUUUCUUUGGUAACAAAUCAAACAAAUAUGACAACUGGAUACCAUUAGUUCUUUGUGUAACUGCAGAUAGGAAAUAGUCUCUCCUCAAGAUCAUAAAUGCGUGCUUUCCAAAUUAUAUUUAUUUGCUGAAAGCAUUAUUCCAGUUGUAUCCAUUCCUUGGUGUAAUAUCUUUGAUCUUUGCGAAUGUGGCAUUUGUG